AUGGGCUCAGCUAGGAGCGGUGGGUUCACGUCAAAAUCUUCGACGAAUACGCCGAAGGUCUUUGAAGGACUACUCCCCCUGGACCUCAGAAUACAUGAGGCAGCAGCCCUGUAUGAGGCAAAGAGGGGAGUGAGCCAGCUGGCGACAGGAGACGGGGAGAUGGAGCGCAUGACCAAAUUCGCAGAUAUUCCCCACCCAGCAAAACACAUAGAUCUGCAGUUCAUAUGCUUGGAGGACCGUGAACAGGUAGACACCCAUAGUACGCAAACAGUACGCAUAUACACCGAUGGCAGCAAAAUUGAUGGCAAGGUCGGGGCCUCAUUGUCUUUCUGGAGCAAUGAGGUCGAGACCAAGUGCAAGAAAUUGAAGCUGUCGUCGUACUGUACGGUCUUCCAGGCGGAACUGUUAGCUAUAUGUAGGAGCACUAGGGAGAUCAUAAAGCACCCAAAAGACAGCUUCGGAAUCUACAGUGACUCAAGGUCGUCACUAGAAGCCGUUACAAAUAAUCGCUCUCUCCAUCCCUUAGUGGUCGAAAUCCGUCGUAAUCUAGAAGAGUGCAAGCGCAGGAAUAAACGCGUUGAACUCUUCUGGAUUAAAGCUCACGCGGGCCUAGAGGGGAAUGAGAGAGCUGACCAGCUCGCAAAAGAGGCCGCUCUGAAGCUGAAGACCAAGCCAGAUUAUGACCUGUGCCCUGUCUCAUGCGUCAGGCGACAGAUCCGUUUGGGGUCGCUUGAGGUAUGGAACAAAAGGUACAGUGAUGGUGAAACCGCAGCAACUACCAAGCUUUUCUUCCCAGACGCCAUAAAGGCCUGCAGCAUAGUCCGGCACGUAAAGCCAAACGGUAUUUUAACUCAGGUAAUGACAGGGCAUGGUGGGUUUUCCGCAUAUUUGAACCGCUUCAAAUGUAAGGAGGACCCAUCGUGUAUCUGCGAGCCGGAAAAACCGGAAACUGUAGAGCACAUAAUAAUAGAAUAUCCUGUCUUUGGUAGAGAAAGUUGCAACGCACAAAUGAUAGCGACUUUGAUGAAGCAAAAUGACGAGCACACUGUAGAAAGAAAAAGAGCUAAAGAAAAAGAGAAGGAUAAGAAUAUCAUAUGGUGA